AUGCCUUCAAUAGACCCAAAAACUCUUGUCUCGUCAUUUUCUCGAGCCCUCACCUCCUUCCAGUCAUCCUCAGAUGCCUUUCGUGUUCUGUGCACUCUACCCCACACCUCCAAUGUCCCCGCGCCGCGCCGUCCUGGCCGCUCAGUCCGGCAUCUCAUAGUCCUAGACUCGAGCUUCAAUCCGCCGACGCUGGCGCACGCCAGUAUGGCACGUACUGCUCUGAAAUCCGAGGGCCAGGAGAGAUUGAUGCUACUGCUCUCAGUCAACAACGCUGAUAAAGCGCCGAAGCCGGCGAGUUUUCCCAUCAGGUUGAGCAUGAUGGAGGCUAUGGGACGGGAGUUGCUCGAUGAAGGAGUCGAGAUCGAUGUCGCUGUUACUACAAUGCCUUUCUUCCACGACAAGGCGAAAGCGAUAGCGGAGUCUGGAUUUUAUGCUGCUGAAACUGGGGAGCAGCCCACGCAGACCUUCCUGGCAGGCUUUGACACGAUAGUUCGCAUUUUUAAUCCAAAAUACUACAAUGAGGGAAUCCAGAACGCACUGCGUCCGUUUUUUGAGAGCUGCAAGGUGAGAGUCACUACGAGGCCAGAUGAGACGUGGGGAGGGGUCAAGGAGCAGAGGGCAUGGUUGACCAAAGAGAGAGUGGAAGAUGUUGGAGGUGAUGAGACUUGGGUUGACAGAGUUGAGAUGGUUGAGGGACGAGAGGGAGAUGAAGAUGUCAGUAGUUCGCGGGUGAGAGAUAUCAUUAAGAGUGGACAGGGGAGUCUCGAUGGGUUGGUUGGGGGUGAGGUUCGAGGAUGGAUUGAGAGGGAGGCUUUGUACAGAGAGAGGGAAGCCAGUCUUUAG